UUUUUGUAUAGCCUCACCAGAUUUCAUUGCUACUUUAUCACUCUUCACUCCAUAGCACUCAGUCCACUUGAUGCACCCCGGUGGGUCUCGGCAAUGACGUGCCCUGUGGAAUCGAAGGCGCAAUCGCUGUCUGCCCCUUAUCGAUUGCCGUCCGUUGGUUCCAUCCAUCAACUUUUUGUCAACAAUCGACUGACACUCGACUAACCUGCAAAACUGUGGACACACUUGCAUGGCCACGUUCAUCGUUGCGCGAGCAAACAGCCCACGCUGAUCGGGAUUUACCGCGAUCGUCCCAGGUCUCGCCUCGCUUCGAGCUGCAUCUGCCAAGCACUGCCCAUGGCUUGCCCCGCAAAAUCGUCGGCAUGAUCGCUCUGCCUUCGACAUUUUGACAAUCAGUCACCGUGGCCGCUUCUUACGACCGCACGGUUUCCGGCUUGGUCAUGCAUCUAACACCAGUGAUUUGUAAUGCAUGUCACCGCAACUGCACCUACGGCCAAGAUGUCUUCGCGAGCCGGAAUCACCAAGAAGGCCUGUGAUGGAUGCAAGAUCCGGAAGAUUAGGUGCGGCGGCGGCCAGCCGUGCCAGUCCUGCUUCAAUGCGCGCAUCAAGUGCACCUAUAUCCGCGUACAGCAGCCUCGCGGUCCUCAGAAGCUACGCGCGACCACCAAAUUCCUCAUUGAUCAAGCUCAGCGAGGCCUUGAAACGCAAAUCGCGUUUACCUCGACGCCUGUGAGCGGGGAAGUGCUGGAACAGAACCACGCGGUCCCGAACCCCGCUGCCUGCGAAACCCAGCAGAGCUCGAGAUCUCGAAUUCCGAUCAAUAUCCUCGCAUCCCCGCUAUACAUCUACCAUGUUCGCAUGUAUCCGGUUUGGCCGAUUGUUGAUGUCGAAAAGGUUUUGGCUACCUUGCAGCAAGACACGGAAGAAAAGGAGCACGAAACAUACGCCCUCGCGACUGCAGUAGCCGCCGCCACCAUUGCCCAGUUACGGCUGGGACAGACCUCAGGCCCGGAGAAAUCUCUAAGUGCCGAGAACUUUGCGCUCGAGAGCAUGAGGGCAAGACGACUGUACGACUAUCGGUCAAGACUCAAUCUUCACAAUGUGCGCACCGCGUUCUUUUUGCACGUGUAUUACGAGAAUCAACAGUCGGGGGCCAGCGAAUCCUUACUAUAUUUACGAGAGGCAAUCACCUUGGCACAGAUGAUGUCCCUCCACCGAGAAGCUUCGUAUGCAGGGCUGCCAGCAGAGGAACAACAAUUGCGUCGCCGCGUACUAUGGUUGCUAUUUGUAACAGAACGAGGGGUUUGCAUCCUCCACAAAUUACCGGUCAUCCUGAAAACGAAUGUCUCCACUCCAGCACUAGACACAAGCGAUGAGCCACAAGUGCUGCCAGCCUUUCUCAAAUUGCUCAACCUGUUCCGCUUGUUUGAACAGUCUCGAAUGUUUGAUCUCAUCGAGGGGGAUCACGGUGGAAGGGACACAAUCUCAGACGAGGUUCAGGGUGUUGAUUCAAGGUUUCUGCGAUUGCUCCAGGAGAAUCUCCAAGACGGAUCAGCCUUGCUAGACCACAUAUCGGAUGUUCAAAAAGCGGAUCUGUGCGUAACGAGGCACUGGAUGCGUAUGAUACUGUGGAAGUUUUCGUUCAAACAGGGGCUUCAAGGAUCCCCUGCGUCUCAAUGGCCAAACUCUCCUUCUUUUCCGGUGCUAGUAGCGAAGGAGCUAUUGAACAUAGUCUCCCAGCUCCCGAGAACCGCAAUUGAAGCACACGGCCUUGGCAUGGAGCUCAAGCUCUACGAAAUUGCCAGCUCACUAGCCGACGCCGUAAUCAAUCUGGCCAUGCUCCCCCGAGCACCAGUCUGGGAUGGGGAAAGCCGCCCCAGCAGCAUCCUGGCUCGACUCCACUCGAUCCUCUCCACCUUCCGCGGCGGGGGAAACAAAGAAUUAGCGGAGCUUCUGUAUAAGAAAAUGGCGGACGCACAGUCCAGCGGUGGCCCUGCAUUACCGCCGCCCAUCCGCGAGGCCCACGCACCAGUUAGAAGUAAAAGCCAGAGGAAACGGCCUGCAGCCACCAGCAACAGUAGGGUGAAACCUCCCGUUGCAGACCUGCCUGCAACGACGCUAGAUGAGGGUUUUAGUGCUGCCGAUCCCAUUGCUGCCGACUCGGUGGUUGAUUGGUCUGCCGCGGACGACUACUAUCAAGCUACUACUACGUUUCAGACCCUGGAUUCCCAAGUGGACAGCACCCAUGCUCCUACGCGAGAUAGUGUGCUGCCCGAGGAGCCGUGCGAUGACAGUAGCGCCGCGCCGCAUCAUCAUUCUCUCCACUCAUUGGGGGUGGGGGCUCAUCUUGCGCCAUCUGACCUGUUCGGCGCUGCUUCCUUCUCCGCGGGGCUGGGCUAUGCUGCUGCUGCUGCUGCGGCCGCCGCGACCUACGCCUACGACCCAUACCUGGGCAUCCCCAACGCUAGCCAGUCUCCAUUACUAUUGGAGGAAGGGAGAGACCCGCGGCUGCUUGGCGGGGCCUUGUGGUUCCCGCCGUCUCUGCCGUCAUCAGAGUCGGUGGGAAUGUGGGUGGGCGAUUUCACCCCUCAAACCCCCGGGACCAGUGCCCAGUUCCCGUCCGAGAACUAUUUCGGCAUGACCAAUGGUGAGGUGGUCGAGCUGUCGAGUCCGAGUUUCCUCGCCUGAUCUGGUCCUCCCAUGCCGGUUUGUCCUGUUUUGUUGGUAUCUAUAUAUGCAGGGGCCCCUCUCUCUUACGAAUGACACGUACCUUAUGAGUUAAUAAAUGAAGCCAGAGAGACUUUCCCUUCUCCCAUUGUAUCAGUAAG